UAAUCAUUACUACAACGACAUAGAGUCUAUCAACGCCAACGACGGUCAACAGUGUUACUAAAGAAAUAUUCGGAUUCAGUGCUAGAAAAUGCUAUCUUUAAUCCUACUGGGUGUAUUAGUGACAUAUGUGUUGGUGACAUGGUUGAAUGUGCUGCGAGAGAAGAGAAGGAGUAAGCUGGGCGGGCCGGCCCUCUUGCCCGUUGUGGGCUAUGGACAUCGGCUUGUUAAUUUGGAUUCCGCAGGUCUGAUCAGAGUGUUCGAAGAAUUUGCGAAAACUUACAACGAUGCAGCCUUCUGUCAGAUCCUGGAUGAGAGAUACGUCAUCUUCUCACACCCUAAAUAUGUCGAGUACAUCAUAUCAAGUACGGAGACCAUCACAAAAGGCCAAUCGUAUAAAUUCCUUCAUCCCUGGUUGGGUCAGGGCCUGCUCACGGCAACUGGGUACCGUUGGAAGUCCCACCGCAAGUUCCUGACGCCAGCCUUCCACUUCAACAUCCUGGCCAGCUUCCUGCCCGUCUUCAUCAAGACGUCCAGGUUUCUGACGGACAAGCUGCAGCAGCGAGCUGAUGGGAUACCGUUUGAUUUGUUCCCGAUCAUAGCGUUAGCUGCCUUGGAUAAUGUCACAGAAUCUAUCAUGGGAGUCUCCUUCAACGCUCUAAAGGACAGUGAGUCGAAAUAUGUCAAAGCUAUCGAAACGCUAAGCGAGAUAGUCUCCCUGCGCAUGCGUCACGUGCUGCUCGGGAACGACUUCCUCUUCAGCUUAUCUCCUUACAAGAAGACUCAGAAUGAAGCCCUGGAGAUCUUACACGGACACACGAGGAAGGUCAUUGAGACCAGGAGAAGGCAACUGGAGAAUAAUAAAAUGAAGAUUGAAAAUAAUGAAGACAUUGGUUUGAAGAACAAACAUGCCUUCUUGGACCUGCUGCUGCUUGCGGAGGUGGAUGGCAAGCCAAUCAGCGACGAGAGCGUCCGGGAGGAGGUCGACACCUUCAUGUUCGAGGGUCACGACACUACAGCAUCUGGCAUCGUGUUUUCUUUGUACUGCCUCGCUAAAGACGAACAAGUGCAGAACAAAGUGUUAGAAGAGCAAAAGUCUAUCUUCGGUGAUGACUUGAGCAGAGAACCGACUUACACAGACCUGCAACAGAUGAAGUACUUGGAAUGCGUUAUCAAGGAAGCGCUACGACUGUACCCCUCUGUACCUUUCAUACAAAGGUACCUCACACAAGAUAUAGACGUGAUGGGUUUUCACCUAAGCAAGGGCACUUCCGUGGUCCUGAACAUCUUCCACCUGCAGCGCAACCCCGCCGUCUUCGAGGAGCCCCUGGUCUUCAAACCUGAGAGGUUCCUGGAGACGUCCAGGCCUGGAAACGCUUACAAUUGGAUACCCUUCAGUGCUGGUCCGAGGAACUGCAUAGGCCAAAAAUUCGCGAUGAUGGAGAUGAAAGUGACGUUAGCGGCAAUCGUGCGACGGUUCCGGCUAGCGUCCGGACCGGAUCCGGAUCUGUGCGGCGCUCUCAUACUUAAGGCAACGCAGGGCGUAAGGAUCCGGAUCAAACCACGAGUCUAGUCUAAAUACAUCCGGCUGAAUCCAACUUCCGGAAGUCGAGACUCCAUUCUAGUCCAGGGCCCAUGCGGUGCAUACAGAAUUUACGAUCCAAUCCAGAACUAUGGUGGCGCGCUCUAAGCUUUGCAGGGCGUUCCACCCAGGCUAAUCCCCGAAUCUAAAUGAAAUAACACCUGGAUCCAAGCUCACAGACACACCUACGCACGUCCGGAUCAAUCUUAUACCUACCUACUUCCGGAAUUUGGGAUCCGACGCACUUGAUGACCUCGGAGCAGGCACUAUUUUUGUGAAACUACCUGUGAUUGUGACGCUUGAAAUUCGACCUAAUGGUUACUUAAUUUGAAAUAUAAUAAAGUAGAUUGCUUUUUCGUUAAAGGUCAUUUACAUAUCAAAAUGAAAAAGAGCUUUUGCAAGCUCGUUGGCAUGCAAAAUAAAACCAGCAACUUGUAAAUACGCGCCAACUUUCCUCAAGUAUGCGCCAACUUCCCUCAAAGCCAAUGAGGUGACAAGUUUUAUCCGAAGUGCUCCGCAUUAGGUUUACUUCGUCUUGAGUUUUUCCUUCUUUAGAAACAGAAACUUAGCUAAUGCCUGUUUUACAUGUAAAGUCCGGUUCACAAACAUCUUUACAAACCAGCGUUUUCCAAAAACAUGUGUACACGCCUUCAAGGCACUGAUAAUGGUAAGUACCUAAAUAUAUUUUUGGGACGUUGGCAUUAGGUUAUUACUUACUAACCCAGAAAUGUACUGGAAAAUGUCAUUGUCAGCCUUCGAGCAACACCGGCUUCCGACAUUGUCAGCUGAUUAUGGCGACAUCGACAUAAGCGCCAGGAAAAGUGUUUAUGCCGUUCAGCAGAAUAUUUCAGCGCGUGAUGACAUAACUAUUCAAGAGUAGCGCACCGUAGAUUAGGAAUGUGAUAUACUGAUAUUAAGCGAGCAUGAUACAAAUAAAAUAAUAAAUAUAUAUUAUUUAUUUUCACCUCACAAAAGAUAUUUAUUUAUUAUUUAUUUAAACUUUAUUGCACAAAACAUAAAAAUAAUGUACAAAUGGCGAACUUAAUGCCUAAUGGCAUUCUCUACCAGUCAACCAUCGGGCCAAACAGAGACAUGUAAAAAUGGUGCAAGGAGAACAGAGGCAUUUAUUAGAACAUUGGAAAACAACUGAACAACGAACAACUAAUAAUUCUGAUAAACUACAUAUAUAUUGAACAAUAUUAACUAUUAGAUAGAGUAAAGGACAAUUUAAAUUUACAUAUAUAUCCUUUGUGAGAGACUGGAGUCUGAACUAGGCGUAAACCUGUAAUACAGAUAUGUAUGUAUAAGUACCUAAUUAUAGUAUAUAUAAUAAUAUUUGUCUAAGUUUCACGUG